CUUAUCAUUAAUAGGAGAGAAUGGAAUUCUCUACUUGCAGGAGGUUUACUGUUGCUGUAAUACUGCUCUCUGUUUAUCAGAGAAUAGUUUGUGGAAACUAUAUGGUGCAAGUUGCUUUGGUGAAAUGGGAGAAUCCAGAAGGAGCUACCAUUCAUCACCUCUGCUGUGAUGAUGCUGAUCGAAAUCCACCAAACUGCCGUCUCCUCACCAAUUUUUGUGAAACAUACUUCCAAGUUUGCCUCCAGCCCUACACCUACAGCAGUUCUAACAGGAAUUGUCCUUACAGUAGCUACUCCAGUGAUUAUGAUUCAUCACGCAGUGAUUCUAAUGACAUCAGUUUCCCUUUUGGUGUUGCUCUGCCUGGAGAUGUGCCUAACCCAAUGACAUUUACAAUAAGAGAAGAUACUAUUGAUGCAGGACUAAGGGUGAGUGUGAGAAUUUAUGAUCGUGAUGUCACCUCUCAAGACGAUCUCAUUGAUAACAUUCCAUUCAACAUUCGUAACCCAGUCCUCUCUAAUACUUAUAUAAACUUAAGUAUCACCACCAACAAUUCCUAUCAAAGUACAGCAUAUACAAGGACUAUGGUGAUUUCGUACAGAAUAACCUGUUUGACUGGUUUUACUGGCGACAACUGCAAGCAAUCCAUUGUGACCAAUAACUCAUCAGGUUGUGAAAAUUCUACAAAAGCAAGUUCUACUGACAGUGUAAGUUCUACUGACAGUGUAAGUACUGCUGGUAACAGUGAUAAUACUGACCUACUCUCACUGCUAAUAAUUAAUAUCAUAUUAACCAUCACACUUUCUGUUAGUAUCAUUAUCUUAAUGAUUGCAUUCUACAAGAAGAGUAGAUCUUCAAAAGAUAAUCAACUUAGUUCCAACAGGAACACAGAGAGUUUUCCUCCAAUUCAACCUCCUCCAAGACUUCAAAUUCUCUCUCCUCCUUCUCCAGCAGUUUCUGUUAACUCACUGUACAGAGACUCCUUCACUAAUGGACCGGGUUUUACACUCUCCAUUCACAAUGGAGAAGAUGGCAGGACUUCAUCACGCCUGUCCAAAUCCUCUUUGUUUGCAGAUGAUUACGAGAACAAGCUUAAUUCCAAUCCUGCCUAUGCUGCGUCUCCUACCUUUAAUAAAGAUGAUGACUACAUAUAAAAGACAUUUUACACACAUGUACAUGUGCUUUUCCUUUUGCAUAGAGCCACAUUCUACAAUUUUCUUUUUUUGCAUUUCUAAUUUCACAGAUUUUAAACUAUUUGUAUUCCUUUUUUGUUUCCUGCAUAUUAGAUCUAAUUAGUAAAGGACUAUAACAAUAAUAACUUGUCAUUUUAUGAUACAUUAUGUAUCCAUUAUUUUAAUAUGUAAUUUUUAACUACAUAUUAUGCUGACUUUUCAUGUUGUUGUUUUUUUUAUUAAAAAAAGACACAUAUACAGUUUCCUGUAUAGUCUAUCAU